AUGCAGUUGGCGUUGGGUAAAUCAACGUCACAAACUAAUUCUCAGCAAGAAUUGCCAGCAAAUAAUUUUGAGAACUUCACAGAGAUGUACUAUACGCAAUUAUUUAGAGGCCCCAGCUACAGAACUUACAGUGAAUGGAGAGAGUACAAUCAGAAGAAGAUUGAUGGUCCAUUGGGAGAAGUCCUUUGGAGACGCGAAAGGUUCACGGGAACUCUGGAAGAGAAGUAUUCUAAGAAAGACGGAUUCGAUUUUGAUGCUCUCACAAAUGACACCAUUUGGGGGGAAUUGUUCCCUAAUGUGGAGAAACGGAGACUGGUGAGAGUCAGUCUUGCGAAUAUGUUUAUUAGGGUGGGCAAGCUCCUCUCAAGACAAAAACCCAGUUGUCAACAACAAAACAGGAGAGCGUGGGGCUUAAAUCCUUUUUCCAAACUGGCUGGUGUUGCGAAGGGCUAUUCACAGGCUCUGGCAUCUGCUGAGAACAGAAUGACAAUGAUGUCUCAUCUGCCUUCAGGAUCCAGUGUUUACUCCAACAACGAUAGCGUCGACCAGGAAAACAGCUACCAUACUGCUCUUUCCGGUAUUGCUGCUGAUGAAGAUAAUAACCUCAAUUUUGAAACAGCAGAUUUUAAUGGCUUAUGGCAAGAGACAGGCGAUGCUGCGCUACGUCAAGUAUCACAGGAACGCCUUAAUGUGCUUAAAACAACACCCCAUGAGAAGCCAAGCCUUGCUAACAGGUGGGAACCCUCAUUGGAAGAGCCCACGGAACCUUUGCUACUCAUUUCUUUCGAUAAGCCACGGUUCCAGCGGAACAACUUCAGGCACUCUUCGCUAGAAGACACGCCUGACGCUACCGAUCGGCUCAUAGCUGGGAUUUACAUGCUUCUCCAAGACUGA